AGCAAUAAUAUUUUGCUGAAUUUGAAAUUGAUCAGAGAUUGAGUGGGUGACUUUGUCCCUUCUUACUAUGGUAAGUUUUUACAAUUACAAAAAUGUCCUCCUAAAUCAAUGUUAUUUACAUUUUAGUUAUUUUUUAUUUAAUUUUUUUUCACCCAAAACUCAUUCUCUAUAUAAAGAAGAAGACUUGGAGAUAAAUCCCUCGCUCAAACUCUAUUUCUUCCUCCUCUAAGAAAAAAAAAUCAUCUACUUCUCAAGAUGCAAGUGUUUAUCAAAACUAUCACGGGGGAGACUUACUGUGUCGAUGUCGAAAAAACUGACACUAUCUCUAAAAUGAAAACAAAAAUAUAUAACGCUAUGGGUUUGGAACCGGCAUACCAAUACCUCGUUCACGGCAAGAAUGUGCUCGAGGUCCAUGGCGGAGCUACGGUGGGUGAUUACGGAAUCGAAGCUCGCGCCAAGAUCCAGUUAACCAAGCGUAUGCGUGGUGGAUGAGCUCGGGCUAAGUAGACAAAUUGCUUUUAUUCCUAUUUGGUUGAAUAAAUAACAUUAUUGUGUAAUAAUUGCGGUAGCCGAUGGUUUAUGUUUGUGAUUUUAAUGUUUCAACUUUCAAAUAAUAAAGUAAGAAGAGUUUCUUGCC